AGAGGAGAUCAGGGGAGGGAGGACAGGAUUUGUUUAUGCGUGUGCGUCUGUGUGUCCGGGGAGGGGGAGGAGGCGCCAAGGUGCAGCCUGCGCGCGGCUCUGCGCCUCGGCGGGCUGCGUGCGUGUGUCCCUGUCCGCGCUGCUAAAGCGGGCUCUUCGAGGGAUCGGCGUCACAUGACUCCGCCUGCCCCUCGCCAGCGCGCAGCUCGCCAGUCCCUCAGUUUGCCCGGCGCCAAGGGAGGGUCGGGAAGCAUCUCCAGGGCCCGGGGGCUCUGCGAAGCGGGGAAGAGGUUCUGGAGGGGAAUGGUACAUCUGGAUUCCAGCAGCCGCGGCUCGGCGCCAGAUCCCGGACUGUAGAAAUUUGGGGGGAGGGGAGAGCGAGAAGGAGCGAGCGAGCGCCUGAGGGAGGCAGCGCGCACGGACAGGGGCUGCCGGGUGCCGCGCGGAGAAAAUGUAAGCGCGUGGAGUCUAGCUGGCCUCCGAGCACCAUGCAGAAGGGGAUCCGGCUGAACGAUGGCCACGUCGCGUCCCUGGGACUGCUGGCGCGCAAGGACGGCACGCGCAAGGGCUACCUGAGCAAGCGGAGUUCGGACAACACAAAAUGGCAAACCAAGUGGUUCGCGCUGCUGCAGAACCUGCUCUUCUACUUCGAGAGCGACUCGAGCUCGCGGCCCUCGGGGCUCUACCUGCUGGAGGGCUGCGUCUGCGACCGCGCGCCCUCCCCCAAGCCUACGCUCUCGGCCAAGGAGCCUCUGGAGAAACAGCAUUAUUUCACGGUUAACUUCAGCCACGAGAACCAGAAAGCCUUGGAGCUGAGGACAGAGGACGCCAGGGAUUGUGACGAGUGGGUGGCAGCCAUCGCUCACGCCAGCUACCGGACCCUGGCCACGGAGCACGAGGCAUUGAUGCAGAAGUACUUGCACCUGCUACAGAUCGUGGAGACUGAGAAGACGGUGGCCAAGCGGCUGCGGCAGCAGAUCGAGGAUGGGGAGAUUGAGAUUGAACGGCUGAAGGCAGAGAUCGCAUCCCUGCUCAAGGACAAUGAGCGCAUCCAGUCCACCCAGACUGUCACACCCAACGACGAAGACAGUGACAUCAAGAAAAUCAAGAAGGUGCAGAGCUUCCUGCGGGGCUGGCUGUGCCGGCGCAAGUGGAAGACCAUCAUCCAGGACUACAUCCGGUCACCGCACGCCGACAGCAUGCGGAAGAGGAACCAGGUGGUGUUCAGCAUGCUGGAGGCCGAGGCCGAGUACGUGCAGCAGCUGCACAUCCUUGUCAACAACUUCCUGCGCCCACUGCGGAUGGCCGCCAGCUCCAAGAAGCCUCCCAUCACGCACGACGAUGUCAGCAGCAUCUUCCUGAACAGCGAGACCAUCAUGUUUUUGCACCAGAUCUUUUACCAAGGCCUGAAGGCCCGCAUCUCCAGCUGGCCCACUCUGGUCCUCGCCGACCUGUUCGACAUCCUGCUGCCCAUGCUCAACAUCUACCAGGAGUUCGUCCGCAACCACCAGUACAGCCUGCAGAUCCUGGCGCACUGCAAGCAGAACCGCGACUUCGACAAGCUGCUGAAGCACUACGAGGCCAAGCCCGACUGCGAGGAGAGGACGCUGGAGACCUUCCUCACCUACCCCAUGUUCCAGAUCCCCAGGUACAUCCUGACGCUGCACGAGCUCCUGGCCCACACCCCUCACGAGCACGUGGAGCGCAACAGCCUGGACUACGCCAAGUCCAAACUGGAGGAGCUGUCCAGGAUAAUGCACGACGAAGUAAGUGAAACAGAGAACAUCCGGAAAAACCUGGCCAUCGAGCGCAUGAUCAUUGAAGGCUGUGAAAUCCUCCUGGACACCAGCCAGACCUUUGUGAGACAAGGCUCCCUCAUCCAGGUGCCCAUGUCUGAAAAGGGCAAGAUCACCAGGGGGCGCCUGGGCUCUCUGUCCCUAAAGAAAGAGGGCGAGCGACAGUGCUUCCUGUUUUCUAAGCAUCUGAUCAUCUGUACCAGAGGCUCUGGUGGGAAGCUUCACCUGACCAAGAAUGGAGUCAUAUCCCUCAUUGACUGCACUUUAUUGGAGGAGCCAGAAAGCACAGAGGAAGAAGCCAAAGGAUCCGGCCAAGACAUAGACCACUUGGAUUUUAAGAUCGGGGUGGAACCAAAGGAUUCCCCGCCCUUCACAGUCAUCCUCGUGGCCUCAUCCAGACAGGAGAAGGUGGCGUGGACCAGUGACAUCAGCCAGUGUGUGGAUAACAUCCGGUGCAAUGGCCUCAUGAUGAACGCAUUUGAGGAAAAUUCCAAGGUCACUGUGCCACAGAUGAUCAAGUCCGACGCCUCCUUAUAUUGUGAUGACGUGGACAUUCGCUUCAGCAAAACCAUGAACUCCUGCAAAGUGCUGCAGAUCCGGUAUGCCAGCGUGGAGCGGCUGUUGGAGAGGCUGACGGAUCUGCGCUUCCUGAGCAUCGACUUCCUCAACACCUUCCUGCACUCCUAUCGCGUCUUCACCACCGCCGUCGUGGUCCUGGACAAGCUCAUCACCAUCUACAGGAAACCCAUCAGUGCCAUCCCCGCCAGGUCAUUGGAGCUCUUGUUCGCCAGUGGCCAGAACAACAAGCUCCUGUACGGCGACCCCCCCAAGUCGCCACGCGCCACCCGCAAGUUCUCCUCACCCCCACCCCUGUCCAUCACCAAGACGUCAUCCCCGAGCCGCCGGCGGAAGCUCUCCCUAAACAUCCCCAUCAUCACGGGCGGCAAGGCCCUGGACCUGGCCGCCCUCAGCUGCAACUCCAACGGCUACACCAGCAUGUACUCGGCCAUGUCGCCCUUCAGCAAGGCCACGCUGGACACCAGCAAGCUGUACGUGUCCAGCAGCUUCGCCAGCAAGAUUCCAGAUGAGGGCGAUAUGAGCACUGAGAAGCCCGAAGAAUCCUCAGCUCCCAGCAAGCAGGGCUCAGAAGUCUCCAUGAGGGAAGAGUCAGAUAACGAUCAAAACCAGAGUGACGAAGGUGACACUGAGACAUCACCAACCAAAUCGCCAACAACACCAAAAUCGGUCAAAAGCAAAAAUUCCUCAGAGUUCCCACUCUUCUCUUAUAAUAAUGGAGUUGUCAUGACCUCCUGUCGCGAGCUGGACAGUAACCGCAGUGCCCUGUCAGCAGCCUCCGCCUUUGCCAUAGCAACUGCAGGCGCCAACGAGGGCACCCCAAACAAGGAGAAGUACCGGAGGAUGUCCUUGGCUAGCGCAGGCUUUCCCCCCGACCAGAGGAACGGAGACAAGGAGUUUGUGAUCCGCAGAGCGGCCACCAAUCGCGUCCUGAAUGUGCUCCGCCACUGGGUCUCCAAGCACUCUCAGGACUUUGAGACCAACGAUGAGCUCAAGUGCAAGGUGAUCAGCUUCCUGGAGGAGGUCAUGCACGACCCGGAGCUCCUGACCCAGGAGCGGAAGGCUGCAGCCAACAUCAUCAGGACUCUGACCCAGGACGACCCGGGGGACAGCCAGAUCACGCUGGAGGAGCUCACACAGACGGCUGAAGGCGUGAAGGCCGAACCCUUUGAAAACCACUCAGCCCUGGAGAUCGCGGAGCAGCUGACCCUGUUGGACCACCUAGUCUUCAAGAAGAUCCCUUAUGAGGAGUUCUUUGGACAAGGAUGGAUGAAACUGGAAAAGAAUGAAAGGACCCCUUAUAUCAUGAAAACCACUAAGCAUUUCAAUGAUAUCAGUAACUUGAUUGCUUCAGAAAUCAUCCGCAAUGAGGACAUCAAUGCGAGGGUGAGCGCCAUCGAGAAGUGGGUGGCUGUGGCUGACAUAUGCCGAUGCUUACACAACUACAAUGCUGUUUUGGAGAUCACCUCAUCCAUGAACCGGAGCGCGAUCUUCCGGCUGAAAAAGACAUGGCUCAAAGUCUCUAAGCAGACAAAAACUUUGAUUGAUAAGCUCCAAAAGCUUGUGUCGUCAGAGGGCAGAUUUAAGAAUCUGAGAGAAGCUCUGAAAAACUUGAAUAGGAUGCCCGCGGAAGGAGCGCAGGGGCCGGGCUCUCACUGCCAGCUGCUACCAGGAAAGCCCUCCCGUCUGUUCCCGUCAGUGGAGGAUGGGAACAGCUCUGGAGGGGCGAGUCUGCUAGCGGACCAGCAGGUCACCACGCAGCCGCCUCCAAACGGGGGGGAACAUCCAUCUAUCUACGUGGAUAUGAUGGAUCCAGAGUCCUGGAGUUCCAGAGUCUCAGGGGCUCCGACAAGGCCAAAUACCCGUUUCCAUCUUUAUUUUCUGUCUGUGGCCACAGAGCAAAGCCCAGUCUCUUGCUAAUGAGACAACAGAGCAGGGAGUAUCCAGGAGGCAGAAAGCAAGACUGGACCCCGAGUCCCACCCACACUGCCAACACAUUGCCAAAAAAAAAAAAAGAAAAAGAAAAAAAAAAUUUUUUUUUCCAUAACCUGAGUACCUGAUUUCCCUGCACCCCAUGCCAGAACUGAGACCUGUAAGAGAGAGCAGCCCAUCCCACGGCUGUGACGGGGUGAAGGAGAGGGCUGACCCGUGCCGUCACCGCCCGUUUCCUGGGGUCAGGUGGAGCGCCCCUCGGGCAGCUGCAUCUCACUUUGUCGCCAGUACCAGUUAAUUUCUUUCAUCCCCCUUGACAUCAGCAGGAAUUUCUUGGUAGAAACAUCAAGUGCGGGGGCCCCAAACAACCACAGACAAGAUCCAGAUGUCAGGUGUCACCCCGUCUAGGCCUGCCCGGAACGCCAGGAGCAGCUUUUAGGAUGGGGGACGGGGCACUUCUCUUUCUGCUCCCUGAAACGUCAGACACAGGCAUGGCAGAGCUCUGCCAAAAGAGGAAGCGCCCCACACACACACACAAUUUCAGCCUUGUUGGCCCCGCCCUGAUCCAGGGCAAGGCCAGAUCCCUCCUGACAGGGGCCAGAUGCCCACACGGAAAGUUCAGAGCUAGCCAUAGGUUGGGUGUUUUGCCUACACGAAGCCCCUACCGUGCUCCCCUGCUCGCUCAGAUGCUCAGCACGGUCUGUCUCCAUGCAGUGGGGCCCUUUGGGGGCCCUCCACCAGCCCCGUGUCCCCCACACCUGUCCCCACCGCCCCCUACACUGGCCACUCCGACAGCCCCAUAUAUUUACCUACGUGGCUCUGGAUUUGGGUUGGUUGGGUGUGCGUGUGUGUGCGUGUGUGUGUGUACAUGGCUGAAUUAAGAGUGGUGUUCCCUGGACCCCUCACCGUGAAGGUAGUAAACAGGAACAGGGUUUGGUGCUGGGGCUGGCAAUGCCACUUGCAGUGACUAAAUUGCCCGUCCAUCACCUUUCCACAACUGGAUCAGAAACCCCAGUAAACACCUCAGGGAGAUCCACCUCCCUGGGAGACCAAAGGACUCCCAGACUUUUUUCACUGGUCUGGGUGGUCAGAGCCCCUGUGAGGCAUCCAGAAACACCCUGCGUCCUUCAGUCAUUCGCAGGCAGCGAGCAGCACCCAGCCUCCACUUCUGCCUCUAUCUGAGAUAAGAGAGGUCCUUUGAGCUCUGCGGGCUACCUGGUUCCCAUUAAGGGCAGGGGGAGUGUGGCGCCCCCCAGAACCUGCCGGUCAGCACAAUGCCUCAGCCGUCCAGCUCCAGAGCGGCUGCUCAGACCUUUGAACUCUUUCUCCAUCAGAUCCACCAGCCUGUGCUCCAGACUUGGAGUUUGACGGAAAGGAAGUGAAAAGCCAGGCAUGUAGAAGUCAUGGACUAUAAUGGCCAGAAGGACCCAGAGAGGUCUGCCAGUGACCAGUAUGAUUCUUGCUUUUUUUUCUUUUUCACAACUCACAGUAAAAAAAAAAAAAAAAAUUGCAUUUGACAGUGUGACCCUAUAUACAAAUGCAUAUAUGCAUAACAGCAACAAAAAUUUCACAAAGCAAUUUUAGUCCAUGCAAUGAACCCAGAUAUCAUCUAUUCUCUCUUUUUUUUAAUUAAAAAAAAAUCUGGUCAACACUCACCAAAUUGGUUUUAACACCCAUGAAAGGGUGAAGACCGACAGUUCAAAAAACAUUUCUCCUGCUCACUGUUUCCCGAACUCCAAGCAUCCACCUCCUUCAAGACUUUGCCGUAUCCAUGUGUCAGCUAUAUUUGCAUUUACUUAAUGGUCUCCUUUAAAUUAACUCACUAUUUCCCAGAAAUACAUUUAAAUAAGAAGGAAAACUCUAUACAGCAAAUGGGAAACCAGCGUAUUUGCCAUAAAUACACAGGUUACCAUAAAAAAUAAAUACAAUGAAAUCAAAAUAAUAUUAUUAAAUUCUGGCCAGAUCCUGGUGCUUCCUGAGUGAGACCUGUUACUAUUUGUUCAAAAAGAAAAAAAGAGGAAAACGGCACGUGUUAGAAAGUGUCAAAGCUAUGCUGUCACCAAAUGAGCUCUCUCCUUGAGCAGUGGUGGGGGGGGAGGGGGGAGUGAAAAUCUAAUGUUUCUUAUCAUAUGAAUCAAUUUAUUUAAACAGUGUCUGGGCAUCACCUAAAAUCAACUCUCAAAUCACUUAAAAUUGUCUUAGCUAACAUCAGUUCUCUGGUACGAGGGGAACCUGAGGACCAGAGAGGGAAAGAACUGGCCUAGGGUCACACAGCAAGCAGGCAAGGGACAGAGGCCAGGUUUCUGUUCUUGCUCUACCAUCCUCCCUGCCUCCCCUUCCUCUGGAGUGGCAGGACUGUCACAAGGAGACAAAGGUGAGAUGGGCUAGAAAGGCGAGUCCCUGUACCUGUGUGCUGAGCUGAGAGAAGGCUUCGGAGCACUGUUUGAGGAGUCCCCUGGGCGAACUAUCGGGAGCUCUGCCAGAGUAGAGUGACCACUGGACCCAUUACAGAGUCACCCCCUUAACCUAGCACCCCACCCAGAGGCACCAGAACAAGUUGUGCAGGAACAGUAACAGGAGCCCCUGCUUCAGAGCCACAGAUCAGAGAGGUCCGGCCCAUACUGCUGAGUACCAUCCCCACGAAAGCCAUCCCCAGGAGCCACCGAUCGUGGGAGCCGUCUCACCCAGCGCCCCCGCCCAGAAGCCAAAUCCAGGAUGGUGAUCUCCGAGGGCAAGGUUUCCCUGAGCUGGCAGCCCAGUGCUUGGAUGGGCAGAGAUCCCAGUGGGGAAGAAGUAAAGGGAGAGAAGUCUUGGGGAAAGAAAGAGACAAGGGGCUCGGUGGGGUGGCUGGUGGUGACUGGCAGGAAAGGGCACGGUGCUGUGAAGCCCCCCAGGAUGUGAUUCUAGGGCGGGAUCGGGAUGGAGAGUUUCAGGGGAGAGACAGAAAGGAAAGGCGAGCUGGGAGGGGGCUGGCGGCCAAGCCCCAGGGCUCCAUCUGGGAGGGAGAGCGGAGAGGUAGAGGAGGGCCUUCUGGCUUGGGGUGGGAGGGGUAAGUGAUUGAGACGCCCCAGGCCCCAGCAGGCACCAUGCCACCCCCACCACCCCGGAGGACUGACCCUCACACCCAGCUGACAAUCCAAGUCCCAAGAGCUGCUAUUACUCUUGGCGAAUAGAAAUCCCUUUCCCUCCAGCAAAGCGAGAGAUGCAUGCGGGGUGUUCUGUUCUUGGUAGAGGCUCGAGUUUUUAAGUGAAAAACUUCUGUUAACGCCAUUUGCUUCAAAGUUGUGACCCACCCUGUGUCCCUUACCUGGGGAUGUACCUCACUGACCUGGCCUUCAUCGAAGAGGGAACGCCCAACUACACGGAGGACGGCCUGGUCAACUUCUCCAAGAUGAGAAUG